GAGGGCGAGAGAGAGAGAAAGAGAGAGACGGUGUCUUUGUAACGAGACGCACUGGAACGGCACGGCACGCGAUGGAGGAAAUCUCGACAUGGAGCGCGUGUCAGCCUCUUCUGUAAAAGCAGAUCUGUGUGCACUGAAAUGAAAAGUGGAAGUGGAGGUGUUCCAUACCUGGCUGAUGUGUGUUUGGAUUUGAUAAGCAUCAGAGUCAAAGGCACAGUUUGUGAUGUCUGUUUGACGGGGUCAGUGCAGCGGGACUGACCAGACACCACAGUGUGCGUUUGUAUUGUGCAAAGGGCACUGUAUUGCCCAGACCAUGUGGCUGGCUACAUUUAGAGACCAUCUGUUGCCUGCACACCUGCCACAUCAGCAAGGGACUGUAACCAUCACCCACUGCGCUCUUCUUUGGUGGAUAUUAUGCUCCUGCUGGUCGUUCACCAAGGCGACAAGCCAGAAAUUCUACCCAACGGUCACCACCCAGUUCGGCAAGCUGCGAGGCCUCCGGGUGCCUGUGCCCAGCGAGGUGCUCAGGCCCGUCGAUCAGUACCUGGGCGUCCCGUAUGCUGCUCCACCCGUGGGUGAGAAGCGCUUCAUGCCGCCAGAGCAGCCCUCCUCUUGGUCAGGUAUCAAGAACGCUACCCACUUCAUGCCUGUGUGCCCUCAGAACAUCCACAACACCGUGCCAGAGAUCAUGAUGCCCAUAUGGUUCACCUAUAACCUGGACACAGUAGCCACAUACAUUCAAGAUCAAAGUGAGGACUGUUUGUACCUAAACAUCUACGCUCCGACAGAGGAUGGUGAGUUGGCGUGGUAA